AACGGUCAUAUUUCUUGUCUCAAACUUCUCUCUUCUACUCCUUCCGUUCUCUCAAAUUUUCGUACUCAUCUAAGUAACAAAACCCAUUUUAAUUUACUAAUUUCUUGUCUCUCUUAGUCUCUUUCGCACAAAAUUUUAAUAAAAACCCUAAAUGGCAAUGUAUUCAGUAAGAAAUCUCAUCAACAAAUCUCUAUCUUCAUCUUCUUCUGCAAAGAAGCAAUCAAAUAUGAAAUCUUCAACAUUGUUAACAUCAAAGUCUCAAUCUUUUUCGGAUGAAAAUGCACCUUCAAUUGAUCCCAACGUACAAGUAAUUACACCCAAUUUUCCCUUACUGAAAAACCCUAAUAAAUCACCCUUAAAGCCCUCAGUUUCCCAGAGUAAAACUAUUGAAUUUCCCAAAUCAGACUCAGUUCAAGAGCAUUUUAUUACUCCUGAUCCACCAGUGAAGGUGGUGGUGAGGAUUAGACACAAUACUGUUCCUGAGAAGAUGGGUGAUCCCACAAUUAGGAAAGCUUCAGAGGAUUCAGUGUCGGUUGGUGAUCGGAAAUUUAGUUUUGAUUCGAUUCUUGAUUCAAUAUCUAAGCAGGAAGAUGUUUUUGAGUUAGUUGGUGUUCCUUUGGUCAAGGAUGCAUUGGCUGGUUAUAAUGCUUCAAUAUUGUCUUAUGGACAGACUGGAAGUGGCAAGACCUACACAAUGUGGGGACCGCCAAGCGCCAUGGUUGAGGGUCAGUCUUCUAGUACUCAACAGGGAGUUGUCCCAAGAAUCUUCAAGAAGUUGUUCUCUGAUAUUGAAAGAGUAAAGGAGAGCUCAGAAGAUAAACCAAUAAAUUACCAAUGUCGUUGUUCAUUUCUUGAGAUUUAUAAUGGCCAAAUCGGGGAUUUACUUGAUCCUGCACAUCGAAAUUUGAAGAUAAAGGAUGAUGCUAAACAUGGGUUCUAUAUCGAGAAUUUGACUGAGGAAUAUGUAACAAGCUAUGAUGAUGUUACCCAAAUUUUAAUCAAGGGGCUUUCUAGUCGAAAAGUUGGUGCUACGAGCAUCAAUUCCAAGAGUUCUCGAUCUCAUAUCGUUUUUACUUGUGUAAUUGAAUCCUGGAGCAAGGAAAGCCCAUUAAAUAAAUUCAGUAGUUCAAAAACUAGCCGAAUCACUCUUGUAGAUCUUGCUGGAAUGGGAAGAGAUAAACAAGUUGAUGCUGGAAGAGAGUUCGAAAGGGAACGCAAAGAUCUGAAGAGUUCUUUGUCUCACCUUGGGCACUUAGUGAAUAUCUUAGCAGCAGGAACUCAACCUGAUGACGUUAUGUACAGAGAUUCUUGUUUGACACACUUACUACAACAAUCACUUGGGGGAAAUGCCAAACUUUCUGUAAUCUGCACCAUAUCUCCUGAUAUAAAAAACUACGUUGAGACCCUUAGCACACUGAGAUUUGGACAACGAGUAAGAUCUUUUCAAAACAAGCCGGUCAUAAAUGAGAUAACAGAAGAAGAUAUGAAUGAUCUGACCGAUCAAAUUCGUCAACUUAAGGAAGAACUUAUUAGAGCAAAACUUAAUGUUAGCCCAACUGGCUCGGGGAGUCCAUUAAGAGGGAGAAGUAUACGUGAAAGUGUUAAUCAACUGAGAAUCAGCCUAAACCGCUCGUUGGUGUUACCCACUAUAGAUAAUGAAACCGAAGAAUAUGUUCAUGCUGACGAGAAUGAUGUCACGGAAUUGUACAAGCAUCUUGACAACAUGCAUCGAUCAUGUGAAGAGAUUCCUAAAGACUCGUCGUGUGACAGUGAUAGCAUGAACUUUUCAUCUGUACGAGGAAGUUUCGAUAGCUAUUUCACUAGUGAACAUGAGAUUAAUUGUUUACAUGAAUCAGUCGAAGUCAGUUCUAAUCAGGCACCUCAGUGUACUGAUCCGGCUAUAUCCGUCACUUCAUCGCGUCAUUCUUCAGCAUUCGAAGAGCCACCCAUGUCCGAGUCACCAAAAAUUAAAAACAUUCAUAAAAAAAGCACAGUCAAUUCACUCAGUCUGCUAGCCGAGUGCGACAGCUCUAAGUUCUGUGAAGAUGUGCGAGAAAAAUCGGUAAGACAAAGUGAACCUAUGAUGCGUUCCUCCUUACGAUCAAGCAAGAUGUUUUCAGGACCUACUGAAUCUUUGGCUGCCAGCUUAAAAAGAGGUUUAGAAAUCAUUGAUUCCCAUCAACAAAAUUUAUCAAAAUCUUCGGUUGCUUUCUCCUUCGAGCAUUUCAUGUUGAAACCAUCUCCAGCUGUCGACAAAGCUAAUGCUUCUGUUCAAACAUUAGCAGUUGGUAGGCCAUCAGUAGAUAGAUCAUCUUCUUUUAUCUGCACAUCCUGCCAUCAGAAAGGGCAAAAUAACAAUGAGAGGACAAUUCAAGCUAAUGAUGGGCAGAAGAACCUUGAGAAUAUUUGCACUGAACAAGCAGUUAAAAUCGAGGAGCUUAAUCGUUUGGUUAAGAAGUUGAAAUCAGCAAAAGAUAAAGACAUUGCUCUACAAAAUAGCCUAGACAUUGAAGACAAGAGCUGCAACAAUAGUAAGGAUCAGGAACGUGAAGUAAUAAAGGAGCUAUGUGCGAUUGAGGACAAGCACGAACUAGAUAAUGAAACCUUUGAUACGAAAGAAAAGGAAGAGCUUCUCAAGGAAAUCCAAACACUGAAGAGCAAGUUACAUGAUUAUACUACUGAUGCAACAGCUCCAAACAAGUCCAUCGACAAGCUUAGAUCAUCAUUACUGUCGCGUUCCAUGCAUAUACGAAAAAGCCUGAGUAGCAUCCAGUUCAACAACACAGAAGAAUUGCAAAAAGAGCAAGAGAGAUGGACUGAGAUGGAGAGCGAGUGGAUAAACUUGACAGACGAACUAAGAAUCGACAUUGAAGCCCAUCGCCAGCGUGCUCAGGAAUUGGAAUCAGAUUUGCAACGACAGAAGAAGUACACGGAGGAGUUAGAUGAUGCCCUUCAUAGAUCAGUGCUUAGUCAUGCUAAGUUUGUGGAACACUAUGUGGAGUUACAAGAGAAGUUUGAUCAUUUAUCGGAGAGUCACAGAAGAAUAAUGGAAACUGUAAGCGAUGUUAAGAAAGCAGUUACAAAGGCAGGAGCUAAAGGUAGUGGUGCUCGUUAUGCUAAGGCGUUUGCAGCAGAGCUUUCGACAAUGAGGGCUCAGGAGAAGAGAGAGCGAGAACGGUUGAGAAGAGAGAAUAAAAGCCUUAAAUUGCAGAUUAAAGAAACUGCGGAAGCUGUUCAAACUGCUGGUGAACUUCUUGUUAGACUAAGAGAAGCCGAGGAAGCUGUUUCACUUGCCGAGUCUAGCCUUACUGAUCUUCAACAAGAGAAUGAAAAGUUGAGGAAGCAAUUGGAGAAACAGAAGAACAAACACAAGAUGGAAAUGGUGACCAUGAAACAGUACAUGGCUGAGAGUAGAUUGCCAGAAUCAGCAUUAAGACCCAUGCAUUACGACGAGCCACUUCCUACAAGUACAUUCACUGGCCCAGACGAUGAUGAUGCUUGGAAAGCAGAAUUCGGAACCAUUUAUCAACAUCAAUACUGAAAUCAUUUAGAGUAAUGUCAAUCUGAAACAAGCUCUUCGUUAUUACAAGGUUGAGAGUGCUUACAUCCGAGCCUCAAAUCCUUAUCUAGGGGAGACAUUUGGCAUCUGGAGGGUAAUGGCAUGUUGUAGAGAGUAGCAUAUGAUUCUGCCUUAGACCCUACUUGGGUCAUGUUUUAUUGUUUUUGGUGUGUACAAACUAUGCAAACUUCAAUUUGUUUAGUUUUGGGCAUUAUUUGUUGUGUACCAAGCAUAAAAACAUCGCCAUUCUUUGAUUAAAUUGUAUAUUUUCGUGCGUAAAAACUGUCUUGGUCUACAUAAGUUGUGACUUGUGACUGGUCUAUGUCGUAUUCUU